UUAUUGCCCUAACUUGAUAAGAACAUUUAGACUCAGUCGGAGAAUGCACCCUGACUGUCCUGCGAAGUUUCCUGCAACAUAUUCCCAACUACGGCUUACUUAGAAAUGGAGACAGCGGUAUACACCUCUGUAGUGAAGUAAGAGGAAAACCAGGGGAUUUUUUUCACCGGUUAGUUCUCCUGCAUCUGAGCCUCAGCAGAACAGCCUCAUCACUGUGAUUUAAACCCAGGACAGAUCACACCACCAACUUCAAGACCUCCUAAACCAGCUCCAAGCCAUGAUGUCCUAGCCAACAGCAACCCAGCAUCCCUCCCCUGACCACCCUGUCCCUUCAACCCCAGUCCCUCUCUCCAUCUCCCUCCCCCUCCCCACCGUCCCUCAUCUUCUCUCCUGAUGUGCUGAUUUCUGGUGGUCCCACCAGCAGCGCCCCUUCCGGCGUGAUGAGCAGCCUGCACCAGCAGCAUCAUGGCAGCACGGGCUCGGAGCGAGACCUUCACUCUGCCGCCUCCUCCGUCAGCCUCCCCUCGGUCAGAAAGACCCCCAAGAAGCGCCGCCUGUCCCUCCACUCGCUCUUUGGUCGACGGCGCCGGCCUGACCGCGACCCCAAACGCAAGUCCAGGCCCGCGCAGGCUGGAGCGGGAGCAGGAGUGGGAGCGGCAGUGGAAGGUGUCGUCUGCACCGAAAGCACACAGCCGGAGACCCUCAACGACAAAACCUCCGCCCACUCUGCACCGGGCGUGGCGUCGACCUCAUCAGCGCCAGGGCCUUCGUCGGAGCUGCUGGAGUGCCCGCUGUGCCUGCUGCGCCACGCGCGCGAACGCUUCCCGGACAUAAUGACCUGCCACCACCGCUCGUGCGCGGACUGUCUGCGACAGUACCUGCGCAUCGAGAUCUCGGAGUCUCGGGUCAACAUCAGCUGUCCCGAGUGUUCAGAGCGUUUCAAUCCCCACGACAUCCGGAUGAUCCUGGGAGACCGAGCCCUCAUGGAGAAGUAUGAGGAGUUCAUGCUGAGGCGGUGGCUGGUGGCUGAACCUGACUGCCGCUGGUGCCCUGCCCCAGACUGUGGUUACGCAGUCAUUGCGUUUGGCUGUGCGAGCUGCCCGAAAAUCACCUGUGGACGUGAGGGCUGCGGGACAGAGUUCUGCUACCACUGCAAGCAGCUGUGGCAUCCCAACCAGACGUGUGACACGGCGCGGCAGCAAAGGGCCCAGAACCUCCGUCUGAGGAGUUUCAGGUCCUCCUCCCUCAGCUACAGCCAAGAAAGCGGAGCUGCAGGUGAUGACAUCAAGCCGUGUCCCCGCUGUGCUGCCUACAUCAUCAAGAUGAAUGACGGGAGCUGUAAUCACAUGACCUGUGCUGUCUGCGGCUGUGAGUUUUGCUGGCUCUGCAUGAAGGAGAUCUCUGACCUGCAUUAUUUAAGUCCGUCAGGCUGCACCUUCUGGGGAAAGAAGCCCUGGAGCAGGAAGAAGAAGAUCCUCUGGCAGCUCGGCACGUUGGUGGGAGCGCCUGUGGGCAUCGCCCUCAUCGCCGGCAUCGCCAUCCCAGCGAUGAUCAUUGGCAUCCCGGUCUACGUGGGCAGAAAGAUCCAUAACCGCUACGAGGGCAAGGACAUCUCUAAACACAAGAGGAACUUGGUAAUAGCCGGUGGUGUGACGCUGUCUGUGAUUGUGUCGCCUGUGGUUGCUGCAGUCACAGUUGGCAUUGGUGUUCCCAUCAUGCUGGCUUACGUCUACGGAGUUGUCCCGAUCUCGCUGUGUCGGAGCGGCGGCUGUGGCGUGUCUGCUGGCAACGGCAAAGGGGUGCGAAUCGAGUUUGAUGAUGAAAACGACAACAUAGGCAGCGGGGCUGCAGCCACAGACACGACAUCUGUGGCAGAGACGCGGCUCAACAACCCCAGCCUCGGCGAUGGAGCGAGCGUCGGCGGCCUGACGGGCCUGAGCCUCAGCGUCAGCGGGAGCCACAUGGAGCGCUGCGGCAUGAGCUCCACCCAGCGGGACAACAUGAGCGACAACGCCAGCACCACGGCCCUCGCCGGGACCAGCAUCACCGGCAGCCUGUCUGGCAGCUGCUACAACAGGAUGGAGGUGCAGGCUGACGUCCAGAAGGAGCGCUGCAGUCUGAGCGGGGAGUCGGCCACCGUCAGUCUUGGGACGAUCAGUGACAACGCCAGCACAAAAGCCAUGGCAGGAUCCAUCCUCAAUGCCUACAUGCCUCUGGAAAGAGAUAAUAGUCUGGAAGUUCAGGCAGAUGUGGAGUCCAAACAGGAGAAGAUGAGACACUGCAGCGCCAGCAGCAGCCUGGAUGAGGCGAGCUGUAGCAGUAGCAGCGCCGGCCUCAAAGGAGCCACCGGCGGCACGUGCCCCUGCUCGUGCCCCUCCACCUGCUGCUGCACUCAGCACGACAGCCACUGCUGCCCCUCGUCUCCCUGGUCGAAGGAGCCCUCCACUUCAGGGGGCAAAAAGAGCAAAGGAAAGCUUUGGAAGAGAGCCAGCGGCGGCAAAGGAGAAACCAAAAUUAACGAAACGCAAGGUGAUAUGGAUGCUCAGCUCCUGGAGCAGCGAAGCACUAACUCCUCCGAGUUCGACUCUCCGUCCCUGAGCGGCAGCCUGCCCUCCGUGGCAGACUCGCACUGUAGCCACUUCUCGUCAGAGCUCAGCUGCUCUGACCCGGAAACCUCGAGGCCGACGGCUCAUCCGGCCUGCUCCGCCCUGACGGACCCUCACCAUCCCUCCCCUGCCAUCGCCGCCGCCUUCAACGACGUCACCAUCGCGCCCAUGCCCGAGGUGGAGAACGACCGCCUGGAGCACUAUCCGCCUCAGAGCAGCCACGCGGCCUUCACCCACCACCUGCUGUCCGCAUCCCCACCUGCCUCGCCUAAAGGGGAGGGGAGCGGCGGGACGUUUCUGUACAUCAGCGAGGAGUGCGUCGGCGGUGACGUCGCAGACACGGAGCCGGAGGGGGACGAGAAAGAGACCAACGACAACACUGCAGUACAGGCCCUAACUCCGACGAGGAAGCGCUGUAUACAGACUGAUAUCUAAAACAGCUCCUCACUCCAGCUGUUGGCUGUGUCACCACUGCUAGCUCAGUUAGCCUUAUCACCUUAUUUCACUCUUGUGAUUCAUCUACGGAAGCUGGUGGUCAAAUAUAAGGAAAUGUUAUAUAUUUGUCUGCUGUGAAGGCAGGAAUAUUAAAUGAAUGUCAGCCUGUACAGUUACAGAGAGGGUCGAGGUCUAAGUUGUAGAGAGAUUUAUGAAUGAAGUAAAAAGCAGCACGGUAAAGUCAGAGUGUUUGGUUCUGUCAUUCAGUGGCAGGACAAGCAGGCGUGUGAAGCUGGAGCAGCAGGGCUUAUAGAAGGUAGAGUGCACGAGGACAGGUGGAAAGCAGGUUAUCAGUGCAGUGAGAUACUCCAGAGGGCUGUUGAUCUAUCCAGCUAUUAUGAUGAUCUGCAAAGUCUGACAUUUUCAGUCUGCUCUCCUCAAUUAUUUUCCGAAGCUAAACCUGAAUUCUAGCCAGUUUUUCUUCUCCUGGAGCAGAUCUGAUAAAUCUGGAUGGAUACGAGCAAAUAAAAUGUCUGCGAUUCUUUUCAAUAGUAAAUUGAGCUGCUAUCGUAAAACGUUAUCUUCUACUCCUCCUGGUUUUCUUCUCGGGUUUGCAUGAAUCAGGGGAGGGAGAUGUCAUCACUGUGGUCCACCACUGUGCCGCCACUUCAUUCUGUGACUUCUUUAAAGGUGAGAAACACAGCGUAAGGAUUGUUGUACCUUCUGUCAAGCGUCCAAACCUAAGCGGGACCAGUCCGUACAGUAGCAGAUUUUAUUUUUCCAUAAUCAUCUAUAAAAGAAGUGAUUAUUAUUGCUUUUGUUUAAAAUGUGACCCCUGUUUUUUUCCCCCUCUUUUUUGUGCUAUGUGUUUGCUUAUUUUUAUUUUCCAUUUUGGGAAAGUUGGUUUUAAUGUUGAAGCCCUGUGUUGGGUCCAAACUUUUUAGUAUAAUCGGGUUGGAAUUGUGUUGACAAAGACUCAAACUGUAGCCCUUCUUCUUUUUAAUUAUUGUAGAUUUAAGUUGCUGUCUUGCAUUAAUAAAGUCUUCACAAGCUGCUGUCUGCAGUGGUAAAAAUAGUUUUUGUUUGUGGUUGCACCUGUGCAAGUGUAACCAAGUUCUCGCUGCAGUUUCUCAGUAGAUUAUUGAAAAACACAAUUUUUGAUUAUGAAAGUGCAGCAUUUCUUAUCUGGCUUGUUUAGUCACUAAAAUUGGGAAGCCAUCCAAUAAGAUCCAUGCAAUAAGGAAAUUAAGCUUUCAAGCAACUACACAAGAAGAGCAGAUGUGUCUGAUCAAGGGAACACAUCAAGUUUAUAACAAAAAUUGAUUUGUUGUGCAAUGAGAAACUUUUCUUGUGCUUCGUAGCACAUACACAUUUAAGUGGUUUAAUAUUCAGUCGUGAAUGUAUGGUUGGUAAUAAAGUUACACAUGUGAUUCUCCCUCAGUAAUAUCCAAAUAUUUUUGAUUCAGAGCUUUUGGUGUAUUUUAACCACAAUAUGUUUUAAGGUCGUUUUUUAAAUCCUUGCAGUUGAUUGAUGCAAAUAAUUUUGUAUUCAUUGGACCCACAGUGCCUUUGGGGGGAAAAAAAUCCUUUGUAUAGUGUUUUUAUUUUGUUUUCAUUUCCUCAUUCUGUGUAUGUCUUCAAAUGAUAAACAUAAAAAUCAUAAGAGAAUGAAUAAUGUUUGCCUCUUAAAAUGCUUGAAAUGCACGAAACCAGAUGUGAAAUGCUCACCCUCCCUGUAGCUUGUUUAGCCGACCAAAGACUGCUCUCAGGCCUUUGUGGUUCAGACUACAGCACUUGACAGAACUGUUAAUGGAGUCUGAUGGUACCUGAAUGAUUUCCCCCCGUAGAAAUCUACUUUAAUAUGUGAUUAGAGUUCAGUCUGUAAUGUUGAAAAAUGGCUUCUGUAGACCAGAUGAGUCAUGGCAGUACAACACUGGAUUAAAUCUAAUUAUGGGGCACUACUUUAAAUCUCAAGACCAAAAUGUUUGUUUGGGGUCAAGUCAUAUUUAGGAAUAAUACAUUGGAAAAUGUUUCCCUUAAGAAGCCAAAGUUGGGAGAGUUAAUGUGCUGCACAUGUUGGCAAUAAAACCCUUCUCAUCCAAAGUGAUCAGAGCAUCAUGAGCAUCUGGGUGCAGUGACACUAAAAGACUGCAUCUUGUUUUCAGCCUGACCACAGAUUAUGCUGCUGUCUCAGCCAAGACUGAAGAGCUGCUCAUCACCAGAGCAGCUGUGUUGAUGACUAAAAAAGAAAAGUUUUGGUGCAAGUCAAAAGCCUCCAGCUGCAGAUUAUUCCCACCUUGUUUCUGUUCCUUCUGUUGAAAAAAAUGCCUGUUUGAUUCCUGUGAGUUUUAUAUUAUUAUUUGAAGACUAGUGCCAGGUCUAUUUUCUAACUUGGUCAGAAGCAGUGUAUGCUAUUUGAUAAAGUAUAUAUUUCCUAAUUAUUUGCUUUAUAAUGUGCAUGUAAAUGCAUAUCCUUAAACAAUAAAAUUCUCAAUCAAG